AUGUUGACAGCUACUUCCAACCUUGCAUUGAAUAAACCUGCAACACAAUCAUCAACGUUUACAGGGCCAGAAAAUAUUCUGAACUUCUCUGCCAAUUUGGCAGUUGAUGGUAACAACGGUACAGACUUUGCCGUAGACAAGUGUUCAUGCACAGAGGGUGGAGACACAAAUCCGUGGUGGUUGGUGGAUCUGCAGGCUGUGUAUUUCAUCACAUCUGUCAGAAUAUUCAAUAGAGGAAUGGACAAGUGGGGACUAGAUGUGUCGGACCGGCUGCGGAAUGUUACCGUCACUGAAGGGCUGACAGAGUCAGAUGUCAACACUCCCUGUGGUUUCUUUGCUGGUCCCGGUACUUUGUCACAGCUGGUCGUCAUCGACUGUCCGACAUUACCACAGGGGAGAUUCGUAAAGAUCUCCAUGAUAACUGAGUAUCUCACUCUUUGUGAAGUUGAAGUGUUUGGAUACUCUGUCUAAUUAUA